CCUCUCCUCACUCACUCUUCCUGGUGCUUUGGGGUUCCGUUCCUCCUUAGACAAUCAUGUCUCACCAGACAAAGCAUCCCACACCCCAACCCCCAGUGGGCUGCGGGAAAACCUCCGGCGGCGGUGGCAGCUCCGGCGGCGGCGGCUCCGGUGGUUCCGAUGGCGGCUCCAGUGAAAGCGUCAAGAACUCCGGAAGCGGUGGCAGCUCAGACGGCGGAGGCUACUUUGCUGGCGGCGGCUCCAGCUGCCGCGGGGGCUCCUCCUGGAGCGACGGCUCUGGAGGCUGCGGAGGAGGUUCCGGUGGGAAGAACUCCAGCGGCGGCUGCUCCUCUGACCAGCAGGUCAAGUGCCAGAGCCACGGAGGCGUCUCUAGUGGUGGCUCUUCUGGGGACGGCUCCGUUGGCGUUGGCGGCUCCUCCGGGGGUGGCUCCAGGGGUAGCCAGGGCGUCCCGGUCUGCCAUCAGACCCAGCAGAAGCAGGCGCCUAACUGGCCAAGCAAAUAAGGCCCCCUGGACACCACGGAGACGAAGGAGCUGGAGGUGUUCUCCGUGGGCGCCGAUGGGCUUAGCGCUCUCAUGAUAUUGCACUGAGGUUUCUUAAUCCUUCACGUCUUCAUCUACCCAGAAGAAGCCAUUGAGCUCUGGGGCUGCAUCUUGUUCUGCAGUUUUCCCUCCUUGGUUUCUGUGCAACUACCUCCCAACCCCACU